AUGCUUUUUACAAUCCUUCUUUUCGCUUUUGGACAAGCUGAACUGAUCGACUUGAACAUCAAAAAAGUAGACAAAAAGUCAUUUGUCCUUAACACACAUUACAACGAAAUCACAACACAGAGAUAUAACCUUUUUCUCCAUUACUUAUACCCCAAUGCAAAAGACAACGAAUAUAAAUUGGAGACGUAUCUUGGAGACAAGGUGAACGCUUCCACUACUUUGUCAUUCAGCAACUCUGCGACCUUCCGCCCGGAGAUAUUUUGUAUUCGUGAGUCAGUGAUGCUCUUGAACGAAGGCAACUUCUAUGAAAUCGAAGCUUCGACUGGUCAAGUCCAGCGGACGACGCCGAAUUUCAGUGAUAUGGGAAGUCCAUUUUUGUUCCAAAAGAAGAACUUUACUGAAGUGAAUGACAAAGAGUUUGUCAUAGUAUGCAAAGAUAAGAAAUUGAAAGUCGCUGCAGUUGGCGGGUCAGUCUCUGAAAUUGACCAAACGAACAAAACGGAGUGUGGCGAGUUUCUUGUUGGAGGUGAUGAGUACGCUGCGACCAAAAUUGGGAGUAAAGUGUUCUUACUAGUGAUCGACAAGGAAGGCCAAAAUGGCGUUGUUAAAGAAAUUAAAUUUGCGACGAACGUCUCGACGUCGGAGACCUUUGCGACAGACAAGAUGGCGUCGAAUUUGCACAACACAUUGUACCUUCAGAUUUCUGAUCGAAAUCAGAUCAUCGCGAUCGACAAAGAGACUAAUUACGAGAAGGAGAGUUAUUUGAAUGUGCCGUUUUAUAGUAAAGGGACGUCCAAAUUUUAUAAUGCAAAGCGCGCAGAAAAUAUAGCGACAUAUGGCUCGAUGGUUAUUAUUGGGGCAUUUACCUAUAAAAAUAACACGGGGAAAGUCUUUGUAUAUUUUGAUAACAUUUUAUCCGGCUUUUCUCCACGUUUUGAAUUGGUCGACUCAAAAGAGGGGAAAAGUGUCGAGCAAUACUUUGGGUAUACUGUCACCGUCACACAUAAAAGGUUCUAUGCUGGAGGGUAUGCCUCUUAUGAUACAACAACUGGCAAAGUCGUUUCAUCGGAUGUUGUAUUUGAGUCAAAGAACAUCACAACGGUGUGUAUUGAUCGAACGUGUGAAUGCAUUCACGACUCUUAUUAUGAUGAAAAGACUAAGAAGUGCUAUAAGAAAUUUUUUAAGAGUAAAACGGGGAUUAUAGUGAGUUGUGUCUUAAUUUCACUCUUCUUGAUAUUAAUAGGAGCUAUUAUUGUAGUAUUACUCCUUUGGUACUUCAAGAAACCGACAACGAAAAAGGACGAAAAGACCGAAAUCUACACGUUGAAUGGACAGGAAAUCGCGUUUGUCCCCGUCGACCAAUUUCCUUUCCAAAUUGAUGUCGCUCAGUUGACCUUUGGCUCGGAAAAUGGAGUCCUUGAAGUCAGAAAAUCGUACGAACAAAAGGUCCAGUUGCGUAAUAAAACAAACAAAAAGCUGAAGUAUAAAGUAGAAGCACCAGAAACUCAUCGAAUGAAAAUUACGAUUAAACAUGGUGUCGACGAAGUCGAGAAGUCAUAUUAUGUCUUCUUCUUAGUCGACAUUGAAAUCCUCUGCACGUGUAAACCAGACGAAUUUUUAAUGAUCACGUCGACUGAUUCUAAAGGAACUACUUUACACACAAAAUUACAAUUCAACUUCUCAACAAAUGUUUCACCGUAUGUGGAUUAUACUGAGUUAAAGAAUGAAGGGUAUUUGAAUCAAGGAGCCUUUGGGAGUGUCUACAAAUCGACCUAUUUGGGGUUGACCGUCGCAGUGAAAGAAGUCAAAGAAGCUAUGGUAGAGUCUGAGAAAGAGGCGUUUGACCAAGAGGUUGCUAUAUACUCCUCUAUUAGAAAUGGAUAUGUUGUCCAAUUCUUAGGGAGUUCUGAUGUUCCCCGACACACUCUAAUGGUGAUGGAAUUUGCUCCCUAUGGUUCAGUCAAUGAUAUGUACAUGAAAGACGAGUUUUCUGAAUUAUUGGCAUAUAAGUGUCUGACGAAUUGUGCUUCUGGAAUGCGAUUCUUGCACUCUUCACAUAUCAUGCACAGAGACUUGAAACCACAUAACCUUCUUCUCUUCUCAACUUCACCCAAAGUUGCUAUCGCAGCAAAGAUAUCAGACUUUGGAACAUCUCGUGAUGUCAUUUCUAUCAAGCAAAGUGCGAUGAUGACAAAUGCGGUCGGAACGCCUGCCUAUAUGGCACCUGAAAUGGUGUCUGGAGGGAAUUACAGUUACUCUGUAGAUGUCUAUUCAUUUGCUAUUAUUAUGUUUGAAUUGCUGGCUAAACACCCCGCCUAUGACAAUACAGAAUUGUUCCAGUUCUCAUGGAACAUCUCCCAAUUUGUGACAUCGGGAAAAAGACUUGGGAUACCAACGACAUUCAACCAUGAACUUGCGGAUUUGAUUGCAAAAUGUUGGGACCAAGACCCUAAUAAGCGUCCAACCUUUGAAGUCAUCGACGAAUUCCUUCUGAAGUUCUUCGAUGAGCAACUGCAGAAGCACAAAAGCACCAAAUUCGCGAACGAACAACAUAUCCCAACGGUUGAAGUAACUGAUACUAAUGAAGAUGGUAUCAUCAAAGAUGCCAAUCCAACACCAGAGAGUAACAGCAAGGUUGUGUCGCUUUUAGCUCAAGAUAUGUUCUAA